AUGUUCAAUUCAUAAAAGACGACAUAGGAAAGAAAGACGAAUGAAAACAUAAACAAUCUGCGACACCACAGAAUAAAAAGAGGAAAUUAUAGUAAUUAUCAUUAGCACUAAUGAAUGUGAUCUCACGUCGUUCUAGAACAAUGUCACGUCACUACAGGAUGUAAAACCUUAAUGUAGUGGAAAUAAGAGUAAAGCAGGAAGCAGUCGUCGUGCGUGAGAGGAACCGGCGCGCACUGAUGAGUUCCUUACAGAUACCGCGGCUAUUGUGGAUGGAACUUUGGUUUUCGAGUUUUGUGCAUCCAAAAUGUACGAGUAGAUAAGAUUGAUAUCAAUGCUAUGAAGGACCAUCUCCUAAGUAAGAGUGUUUUUGAAAAAGUCUUAAAACUAUUUUUAAGAUAAAGACUUCCUACGCUCCUGAAGGUGAAUGGUUUCCGAAAGAGCUUAACUUUUUAAAAAAAGAGCUGGAAGUAAGAUUUUUCACAUAAUUUACGCAGAUAUGCGAGGAAACUGGAAUAAUAUCUUAAGUGAACUUAAAAUUCACCAAGUUGUCAGUUUUAAAAAUAAUAUCGAAUGUUAUCGCAUUCGGACUUAUUUUUAAAUCUUUCAAUGUCACUCAUUACGAGGUGCUCAUUAGGUCACGUAAUGAUUGCAGCAGAUUGUCCGGCGAGUUUCACCAAACAAACCAUAACGAAAACAUACCCCGUCGACCCACAAGUCCACAUAAGCCACCUCGUAACACACAUUACGAAUUUUCUGAAGCCCGGGGCGCAGGCGCGUGGGGCGGCCGCCGACCGGCGCGCGCGCACUGCCAGUCCACCACGCGGAGUCGCGUCGCGCAGCUGUCGCGAGCCAACCGGAACACUGCCUACCCAAUCCGUCAGUUAUUUUUUUUACCAAUAUUUUAAUCUAAUUUCAAUCAUCUAGUUUCUAGCUAUUGUGAAAAAAUAUUUAUAGUAUCCAUUCAGUUGCUUACUUCGUGACCGACUUCAGCGAUUAUAUCGUUUCCACUCAUUGUACCUGUAAUGUGGUGUAAUAGAGCCUUAUCUAACAUAGCGUAAUACGACUGGUUAAUCUUGUUAAUUAUUGCAUAACGUCAUACUCCUUUUUCACCCUUGGUUUGACGUAAGACGUUAGCGUGUGGUGCGGUAGGUCAUGUAACAUGGACAGUACUGUUUUUGCCCCGAACGUGACAUCUUAGGAGAGCUCGUAAUUGUAUCCUAGCUGAAAUAUCACAGGAAGUGCAUUAGUACAUGUUUAUGCAACCUCAUUCCAUGUGCUCGUGACAGUGUAAACUUAUUUCCUAGCUUUAUUGAAAAUGUGUUAGACUUAAAUGGAAAUGGCUUGUCGCUGAAACCGAUUUGAAUAACGUGCCUCGUGUUGGUGUUAGUUAACAAGUAAAUUACUUCCUUGGUACCUUUGAUUGAUUCAUAGCACUUUAUCUCGGUUUAUCUUUCAUUUAGUGAUAGCAUUUGUUACGCGAGCAGUGAUUUGUUUGCACUCAUCUUUGAUUGUAUUGUUUGAGUGAUGUAUAGAGUGCACUAAUGUCAGUUUGACGUGACCUGUCAAAUCUUCAUUUUCGUUAACCUGUUACGUCAAAACAACGGUACAGCUUCUCGUGGUGCGCAAUUUGUCGGCUAAUCAUUGGGCACAAUUAGGUGUAUUUACUCUUAUAUAACUUAAGUAUUUAAUUCCGUUGCUGACGUAAGCCUUUAACUAGCCUGUAUUUACUUCAAUUUAUACAUAACGAGGUUUUUAACCUACAUUGUUUGCGAUACUUAAUUGUUUGAAAGCUCAAAUGAUGUCUGGGCCAUUAAUUAAUGCCAAGUUAACUAAUAGAUUAUCGGGGAUAACGUUGCCAAAUAGUAUGUUAUACAACAAACCAACAAAUUGUUCAGUGUCAAAAUACCAGUGCAAUUUAUUAUUUUCGGCACAAGAAACACUCGAAAUAUUUUAUUAAAUUCCAUUUUAAAUUUUGAAAAUUUCGACCUUAUAUCUGACCUUUUAGGUGGAAUCCCCAGACACAUUAACCGAUAAGUAGAUAAAAAAAAGCUUUUGUGUCCGUUAAUUCGAUCGUUAAGCGUUAAGAUAUUUUAAGAAUGUAGACGAUCAUUAGGAAGUACACAUAUCUAACUAUGACGUAUCUAUGCAUGUUAUAAACCGGUGUUCUUUUAAAUAUCAGUUCUGUACAUGAAAAAAACAUUGAAAAAAAGCAGUCAAUAAUCGAAACUAAAAUGGGCUUUUCAUCAUUUUCUUCUUUUUCCGUCGGAGAUUUUAGAUCUAGCUUAACUCACCCUAGAAUAAUGAUCAGGAGUGCUGGUUUCUUGCUUACUUAUUAUUUCUUGGGCAUACGCGCAUGAAUUCGAAAGAUACGUAGGUGCUUGCCGGGAUUUGAUCCUACGACCAUAUGACUUGGCAGUCUAAACUAUCAUAACGCAAGGUUAUAGUUUCGUUAACCAAUCUUCUGAUGACCGUAGACCGUAUCAUCUUCUUAAGAUUUUUUAAGUACAUUUUUUCCACCAUUUUACUUUUAAUUGUUUACAAAUCUUAAGUUAUCACUUUUAAUUAUAGGUUCGAGCUGUCUCCAAUGCCAAAGUGCAUCGUCAGUGCGUGAGAACAAUCAUACAAUACGUGACAUUACGACUGCUUUCGAGAUCAGAGACCGUUGCCUUGCACUAGCGGCGAGAGUGAGUGAUCGGUGUAGUUUGUUAGUGUAAGUGUUAGUGAAGUAUAGACAAGAACUUUUGUUUACGAGUUGGAAGAUCAUCGAGAGAUAUGAAGUUUCGAGACAAUCAAGACACUUGCAUGGGACGCUGUGAUGCGUCAUAACAUGCGGCCGCCGAGCACCGCCGCCCCGAUGCGCCGAAGCAAACCACCAGACAGACACAAACUCACACUCUAAACAUAAACAAACUAGUCGACACUUCAAACCAAAGUUAAGUUCAAAUGCUGUGAUAUUGGCAAGAGAUUUGAACUGUGAUAGAAACGAAAAUGGGCGUCACCGUGCUCUUAGCAUCAACAGCUCUCAAAACAGUGAGUGUUACGGGACUGUGGUUGAUACCACUGUUACUCGGAGCACUCACAUACCACAAUUACAAUUCUUACGACCCGGAAGCAAGGAUAUUAGAUAAGGAACCGUUGAAGGAGUAUGACUUCGUGGUGGUCGGCGGCGGCUCGGCUGGUGCUGUGGUGGCGAGUCGACUCAGCGAGGUCAAGACUUGGAAUGUUCUUCUAUUAGAGAGCGGUCCGGAUGAAAACGAGAUAACGGACGUGCCUUCGUUAGCCGGCUACCUUCAGCUAACGAAGUUGGACUGGCAGUACAAGACAGAGCCUACGUCCUACGCCUGCCUGGGGUUCAAGAAGCACAGGUGCAGUUGGCCGAGAGGAAAGGUACUCGGAGGUUCAAGUGUGCUGAACUACAUGAUUUACGUGCGCGGCAAUCGAUACGACUUCGAUCAGUGGGAGUCGAAUGGCAAUCCUGGCUGGGGUUACCAAGAUGUCCUCAAGUACUUUAUCAAAUCAGAAGACAACAGAAACCCAUAUUUGGCGAAAAGCAAGUAUCAUGGUAGAGGCGGGUAUCUUACGGUACAAGAAGCCCCUUGGAGAACGCCUUUAGUGGCUGCCUUUGUAGAGUCAGGAGUCGAAAUAGGAUACGAUAACCGAGACAUAAACGGGGAAAUACAAACUGGGUUUAUGAUCGCCCAAGGAACCAUUCGACGUGGAUCUAGAUGCAGUACAGCUAAGGCAUUUUUGAGACCAGUUCGGACAAGAAAAAAUCUUGACAUAUCACUAAACUCACAAGCUACAAGAAUCCUCAUUAACCCUGUUACGAUGAAGGCUUAUGGGGUGGAAUAUGUAAAACAUGGAGUGAAACACGUAGUAUACGCACGAAAAGAAGUAAUUUUAUCGGCCGGUGCAAUCAAUAGUCCACAGUUACUUAUGUUGUCAGGUAUUGGCCCCAAAGACCAUUUACGUGACGUAGGUAUUAAAGUGCUGAAAGAUUUACCUGUUGGAGAGAAUUUACAAGAUCACGUUGGAGUUGGCGGUCUAACGUUCUUAGUGGACAAACCUGUGGCAAUUGUACAAAACAGAUUCCAAGCGUUCCCAGUAACCAUGAAUUAUGUCGUUAACGAAAGAGGGCCUAUGACAACACUUGGAGGACUCGAGGGCAUUGCUUUUGUGAACACCAAAUACGCAAACAAAUCCGGCUUGUGGCCAGAUAUCCAGUUCCAUAUGGCUCCAGCGUCUUUCUCGUCUGACAAUGGACAGGUCGUCAGAAAAAUUCUAGGACUCACUGAUGAGGUUUAUGACACAGUAUACAGGCCGAUAGCUAACAAGGAUGCGUGGACCAUUAUGCCUUUGUUGCUACGACCAAACACAAGAGGCUACGUUAGACUAAGAAGUUCUAACCCUUUUCAUUAUCCUAAGAUGAAUCCUCGUUACCACGAAGAUCCAUUGGACGUGGCGCGUCUAGUGGAAGGCAUCAAAAUAGCUCUACAAGUUGCGAACGCGUCUCCAUUUAAGCAGUUUGGUUCAAGACUCUACAUGAAACCGCUACCAAAUUGUAAGCAGUUUAAGUUUAUGUCUGAUGAAUACAUUGAGUGCCAAGUGAGGACUAUAUCUAUGACGAUAUACCAUCAGAGUGGGACUGCUAAAAUGGGUCCGUCUUGGGAUCCGGAAGCCGUUGUGGAUCCUCGACUUCGAGUCCACGGUGUUGAAGGACUGAGAGUGAUCGAUGCUAGUAUAAUGCCUACUAUAGUGAGUGGCAAUACGAACGCAGCAGUCAUAAUGAUAGGUGAGAAAGGUGCCGACCUCAUAAAACAGGACUGGUUGAAUAAGAAACGAUGACAGUGCUUUAAUGAAAUAACUAUUGUGAGUGACGUUCUUGUCAGUGCGUGUGCAUGACUGUUUUAGAAUCGUGAUUUCAUAGUUGCCUACGUAGAUUGUGGAUAUCUACUAGAGGUGCGAAAUGGUGUUUCUGGAAUGCAGUUACGAAACUGUUCAGACUGAUUUUAGGCUCUUAGAAGAAAUGAGAGACUCGUAACGAUUAUUAAGUUUAACACUGUUGUACCUAUACCCAUAAGUUACCAGUAGUUUUAAGUAGUGUAGUUAACUAAGUUCCAAAGAUUCACUUUCAAUAACACCGUAAAUAUCCCGUUGUUGGGUUAAAGAAGAGGCUUUCUACUUAACUUAAAUAAAAACUAAGAAAAUAACGAAAUCGAUUAAAAACUGUCAAGUCCUACGAUUCUGUUAACAUAAAUGCAGCUUCUUUAUCAAAUUAAUUCAUAGAAUCUCAAAAUUGAAAUAAAUUUUAUUGUUCUAUAAGUCACUGUUAUAAAAAAUGUUUUUCCAUCGAAAUCAUUAACAAUACGUCGAACCUUCCUCGAAUCUGAACAACUCCGCUGCCCCGCUAAUAAUAAACACAGUAGCAAUAUUUUUCCAUGGCUCAUGGGACAGGGAAAUGGUUAAGAUUCGAAUUUGGAGUUCCAAACACAAACGCUAUUUAAAAAGUAUUCAAAAAUUGUAUUUGUUAGUAUAAAUACCUUUUCAAUAGUGUGCGUGUGUAGAUCGUACCUGUUAUUUUAAAUUGUUAUAACUUAUAUGUUAAACUAUUGUACAUUGUGUAAAUACGUAAACUAGAUACUAAUAUGUUAUAAUCUUAUUUAUUUGGUUAGUAAUGCCAUAACAAGUAACUUUCUCAUCACAUUCGUCCAUUACCGUAGCGACGCCAUGUUUGUUCAUGAUCAUUGUUUUUGUUGCAAAUAUAAAUGUUUUAUUAUUA